GUUUCUGCCUCAACAGGUGGCCUUUCCACACACCGACGUACUGAAAUGCCGAUGUUCGCGCCAAGUCUGGUCGACUACUUCCUCGAGGUCGUCAUUGCCGAUCCCGUCGGCACCCCCGUGCGCUCGAUCGCCCACCGGGUGCCAGCGCUCGACCGACCGGGGUUCCCACUGCCCGACGGCGUCCGCUACUUUUGCCUGCCCGACAAGAUCGACCUCCGCGACCGCGCCCUGUAUGAGAAGACGCCCAAGUUUCACGCCUUUACGCUCACGGGUGGUGACGGAUCGCGCGCCUACGGCUUUGCGCUCACCACGUACACGCGCGCCAGGGACGCCACGCUGUGCCUGCCCCGCGUCUACUGCUUUAUCUCGCAUUUUGCGCUGUUCGGGCUCUUUAAAGAAGCCUUGGGAUGGAUCUACCACGCGCAGGCCGCCGAGCCAGCGUCGUGGCGCGAUGCGAUCGUCGACUUGGUGCGUCGGGCGCCGGCGCCGGUCAUCGGCGCGACGACCGAGUUUCACAUCCACGGUCAACUGCUGUUUCAGCAGACGCUGCACGCGAGUGGACUCGGCUUUGUCGACGAUGCGUGCUUUCAGCUCCUCUUCCAGCACCUUAGCAUCAAGAACAUCAUCUUCAUUCUGAACUGCAUGCUCUUGGAGCAGCGCAUCUUGAUCCAUUCCUCGCACCACGGCCUGCUUACGCCCGUGUGCGAAGCGCUCUGUGCGCUCUUGUACCCGUUCGUGUGGGAGCACGUGUACAUUCCGCUUCUGCCCAUGAAGCUCAUUGAAUAUCUGCAGGCGCCGGUGCCCUUUUUCAUGGGCGUGCACACCAGCUACCUCACGACCAAGAGUGGCGCCGACGUGUUUGCCUCGUGUGUCGUGAUCCACCUCGACAAGGACAAGGUCGUGCGCCCCAUCCACGGUAGCCACGGGCUCCAGAGCGCCGUGGACCACCCGAUCGCCAAGUUUCCUCCAAUUGCCGUGUCCUUCUUGCAGUGCAAAGUGCAGGCCAUGCUCGACUUGUACCAGCCGAUUGCGAGCGCCCCCACAGCCGACGCCAACCGCGUUCGCUUCCGGCGCAACGCUCGGACGUCCGAUGUGCUUCGCCUCGAAGAUGCGUCGUCCGAGGUUGACGUGACCUUUGGCCCCGGACCCCUCGGUAUCACGUUCGAGCCGACGCACGUGCGACUGCUGGCAACCGGUGCCGACGUGGCGCACCCGACAUCGGCCGUUGUGAAGGCGUUUCCACAGCUCCAGAACGGUCUCCCGGGGCCGGCGGCGCUCUCGGGUGUCUUGCACAUUGGGAGCUUUCUUCUUAGUGUCAACGGCGUCUCCACGCUCUCGCUUUCGUUCGAAGCGACGUGUGACCUUCUCCGGUCGCAACCUCGGCCACUGCGCCUCCGGUUUCAGAAUGCACCCCGUCCGUUCCCGAACGCUUGCCGGUUCGCCGCCCGCGUGCAGACGUCGGCCUUUCUGUCCGUGUCGCCAGUACCAAAGGUGUCCCCGGCGACCGCGACGCCAAUCACGCCAUGGGUCGACCCCGUACGCGUCGCCUUUGCUGAGUUUUUUGUCGACCUCUUCCGCGGGUAUGCGCAGUACAUAAUCGUGACGCCGACGCCGUCGCCGCAACUGGCUGCGCCGCGGUCGCCGCAGCACAGUCGGCGCAACAGUCGCCAGCGCCAGGCGGCGGUCGCGAUCACAUUUGACGCCGAUGCGUUUCUUGGUCAACUGCACGGCGCGACGACAACGACCAACUUUUUACCGAGCCUUCUUCGAGACGCAGGCGUUCCAGGCCUUGGUCAACGACACGGCCCUUGGCAGCCUUGA